AUGCCCCAGAGCCCCCUGCAGGUGCAGGUGGUGACCAUCCUGCUGGCGCUGCUCAUAUGCGGGGUGGGCAUCGCCGGGAACAUCAUGGUGGUGCUGGUGGUCCUACGCACCAAGCACAUGAUGACGCCCACCAACUACUACCUGGUCAGCCUGGCCUUCGCCGACCUCAUCGUCCUGCUGGCCGCGGGCCUGCCCAACAUCUCCGACGUGGUGGCGUCCUGGGUGUACGGCUACGCCGGCUGCCUGUGCAUCACCUACCUGCAGUACCUGGGCAUCAACGUGUCCUCGUGCUCCAUCACGGCCUUCACCAUCGAGCGGUACAUCGCCAUCUGCCACUCCAUCAAAGCCCAGUUCAUCUGCACCGUGUCGCGGGCCAAGAAGAUCAUCGCCUUCGUCUGGGUCUCCACCUCGCUCUACUGCAUCAUGUGGUUCUUUCUGGUCGACACCAACGAGACGGUCUUCGCCGACGGGGUGGUGGUGAAGUGCGGCUACCGCGUCUCCAGGAACCUCUACAUGCCCAUAUACUUCCUGGACUUCACGCUGUUUUACGUCAUUCCGCUGAUCGUGGCCACCGUGCUGUACGGCCUGAUCGCCAGGAUCCUGUUCAUGAGCCCCCUGCCGGCCAACCCCGGGGACCGGGUCGGGAACGACUCCGUCCACCAGGGGAGGUCCAGCAGCACCAUCAAGGUGUCCUGCAAAUCCAACAAGGGAGCCGUGACGUCCAGGAAACAGGUCACAAAGAUGCUAGCGGUUGUGGUCAUCCUGUUUGCCCUGCUCUGGAUGCCCUACCGGACGCUGGUGGUGGUCAACUCCUUCAUGGACCCGCCAUACCUCAACACCUGGUUCCUGCUCUUCUGCCGUAUGUGCAUCUACACGAACAGCGCCAUCAACCCCAUCAUCUACAACCUGAUGUCCCAGAAGUUCCGGGCCGCGUUUAAGAAGCUCUGCAAGUGCAAGAAGCAGCACCCCGAGAAGGUGGCCAAGUACAACGUACCGGUGUACUACAGCGUCAUGAAGGACUCCUCCCACGAGAGCCCGGACCAUGACGACACAGAGCAGGAGGACAUGGGAGGAUACUCCGUGGCCACCAAGAAGGUCAACUUCACCGACAAGUGCAAGGAAACGGGCGCCAUGUUCAGCAUCGCCUGA